AUGGAUGUCACAGCCCUCCGAGACCGCAUUCAGUCUACUCUAGACGCGAAUGCAGACAUUCGUACCCAGGCGGAGCAGGAUCUGAAAUAUGCCGAGACACAGCCAGGGUUUAUCAAUGCACUCCUGGAUAUCCUGCAAGGCGAGCAGAACAAUGCUGUUCAGCUCUCUGCUGGUGUGUAUCUGAAGAACCGUAUCACCCGUGGAUGGGCCCCCGUCGAAGAUAGUCCACAGCGUACGCCAAUUCCCGAGGCCGAGAAGCCCGGUUUCAGGGAACGCCUGAUCCCUGCCCUGGCGUCUACACCCCCCAAUGUUCGCAACCAGCUGGUUCCCCUUUUGCAGAAGAUCCUGCAAAACGACUUCCCUGAGCAGUGGCCCGGAUUCCUGGACCUUACUCUUCAGCUCCUCGGCACCAAUGACGCAAGUACGGUAUUCAAGGCUGGCGAGAAGAGGGAGGAGUUUGACAAGAUUGUGGAGCACUCGUUCCCCCAGCUGCUCAGCAUUGGAUCGAAGCUCGUGGAUGAGGAGAGUUUGGAGGCCGCGGAGAUGCUCCGCAUUGUGGUCAAGGCCUUCAAACAUGCAAUCUACUUCGAGCUCUCCCCUUGUUUACAAACCCACCAGGCCACCGUGGACUGGUGCACACUAUUCCUGCGAAUCGUCUCGAAAACACCCCCCGCGAACGCUAUGGGAGAGUCCAAGGAAGAGCGGGAAAUGAACCACUGGUGGAAGUGCAAGAAGUGGUCCUACGCCAACCUAAACCGUCUAUUUAUCAGAUACGGCAACCCAACUACAAUCACAAAGUCUUCCACUCCCGACUACACACCGUACGCGAAGACCUUUAUCAGCACAUUCGCCCCCGAAAUCCUCAAGGGAUACUUGACGGAGAUCGAUAAGUGGGUUUCCAAGUCGCAAUGGCUCAGCAACUGCGCCCUUUCAUAUACCCUGGUCUUUAUGGAGGAGUGUGUCAAGCCUAAGGCCAUGUGGGACCACCUGAAGCCGCACAUGGACAAUCUUAUCGCCCAUUUCGUCUUCCCCAUCCUCUGCCAAUCUGAUGAGGAUAUUGAGCUUUUCGAAGAUGAUCCUUCUGAAUAUCUCCAUCGCAAGUUGAACUUCUACGAGGAAGUGUCUGCUCCUGAUGUCGCCGCUACCAACUUCCUGGUCUCCUUGACCAAGAACCGCAAGAAGCAGACUUUCUCCAUCCUCACUUUUGUUAACAGCGUUGUCAGCAAGUAUGAGGCCGCACCAGAAGACCAGAAGCAGCCUCGUGAGAAGGAGGGUGCUUUGAGAAUGAUUGGUUCUUUGGCUUCGGUCAUCCUAGGCAAGAAGAGCCCCAUCGCGGAUCAGGUCGAGUACUUCUUCGUUCGUCACGUUUUCCCCGAGUUCCGCAGCCCCCACGGUUUCCUCCGCGCUCGUGCUUGCGAUACCCUGGAGAAAUUCGAGCAGCUUGACUUCAAAGACCCCAACAACCUGAUGGUCAUCUACCGCAACAUCCUCGAGUCUAUGACCGACCCCGAACUUCCCGUUCGUGUUGAGGCCGCCCUUGCUCUGCAGCCCCUUAUCCGUCACGAUGUUAUCCGCACAUCCAUGCAGCAGAACAUCCCCCAGAUUAUGCAGCAGCUUCUCAAGCUCGCUAACGAGGUCGAUGUUGACGCUCUAGCCAACGUCAUGGAGGACUUUGUUGAAGUCUUCUCCGCCGAGCUUACUCCCUUCGCCGUGGCCCUCAGUGAGCAGCUUCGCGAUACUUAUAUGCGUAUUGUUGGUGAGCUCCUGGAGCGCAAUGCCUCCAAGGGUGGUGAUGAGGAUGGCUACGGUGACUUCUUGGAUGACAAGAGCAUUACUGCGUUGGGUGUUCUGCAGACCAUUGGUACUCUCAUCCUCACACUCGAGAGCACCCCCGAUGUACUCCUGCACCUCGAAACUAUUUUGAUGCCUGUCAUCAGCAUCACCUUGGAGAACAAGCUAUAUGAUCUUUACAACGAGAUCUUCGAGAUUAUUGACAGUUGCACAUUCGCCUCCAAGACCAUUUCCGCUUCCAUGUGGCAAGCUUUCGAACUGAUUCACAAGACUUUCAAGGCUGGUGCCGAGCUCUACCUCGAGGAUAUGCUCCCCGCCCUUGACAACUACGUCGCCUACGGUUCCGAGAUGCUGGUCCAGAACCCUGCCUACCUCAACGCCGUGGUUGGUAUGGUUCAGGACAUCUUCGCCGACGAGAAGGUUGGUGGUGUUGACCGCAUUUGCGGCUGCAAACUUGCCGAGACCCUGAUGCUUAACCUCCGUGGACACAUUGACCAGUACAUCCCGCUCUUCAUUGAGAUGGCUAUGCGGGUCAUUGAUGCCGGCGAGGCUCGUACCAAGUCUUACCGCAUUCACCUUAUGGAGAUGGUCAUCAACGCUAUUUACUAUAACUCCGCUCUCAGUCUUCAGGUUCUGGAGGCCAAGGGCUGGACCAACAAGUUCUUCAGUGCUUGGUUCGCCAACAUCGAUAACUUCCGCCGUGUGCACGACAAGAAACUGUCGAUUGCCGCCAUCAGCUCGCUUCUGACCCUCCCGGCCGGUGACGUUCCCGUCAGCGUCCAGCAAGGGUGGCCAAGGCUGUUGCAGGGCGUGACGCGGCUUUUCCAGACCUUGCCUGCUGCAUUGAAGCAACGUGAGGAUGCCACCAAGGAAUCUGACUUCACUCUGGACGAUGAGGAUGAUGACGAUGACGAGGAGAAUGACUGGGAUGGAGAUGUUGAGUGGGACGAAACCGAAGUUGAAGCCGCCCUUGACGAUGAUGUCGCCGACGAGAGCGCCGCCUACCUCGACUUCCUCAACCAAGAGGCACAGAAGUUCGGCUCCUUUGCCGACGAUGAUGACGAUGAUAUGGACGAGGAAAGCUUGCUGGAGACCCCUCUGGACAAGGUUGAGCCAUAUGGCAUGUUCAAGCAUGUCUUGCUGAACCUCCAACAAGAGCAGCCCCAGCUCUAUGAGAGCCUGACCAAGGUCCUCGGCCCCGAAGAGCAACAGAUCAUCCAAGGCGUCUUCCACGAAGCCGACGCCAAGGCCAUGGCCGCCGCCGCCAAUGCCGAGGCCGCCGCUGCAGCGGGCAUGCAGAACGGCAACUAA